CAUAACCCGGCUUCCAAGUCCAACUUGAUUCCACUGACGCUGAACAAUCUUCAACGAUGAUCCACUAUCCGGCCCUCAAUCUGCAAGUUCCUUCCUAUCCCCAUCGUGGUUUUCCCAUCAAUCAUUGCAGUCGAAUCAGCUCUCUACAUCAUUUCCGCCCAUCUAAUUCAUUCUCAGACCAAUCCAAGUUCCUACGUCUUCGAAUUGCUGGUCGAACUCAAGCUACGUCUGCGCCUAUGGAAGUCGAACGAGCUGAAGGCUCUGUUGCAAACAGUGGCUCAUCCCCACCCAUGAAGCUUCUAUUCGUGGAGAUGGGCGUCGGCUAUGAUCAACACGGGCAGGACAUAACAGCUGCAGCAAUGAGAGCAUGCAGGGAUGCUAUUUCUUCCAAUUCAAUCCCAGCUUUCCGAAGAGGUUCUAUUCCUGGUGUCACCUUUGAUCAGAUGAAACUACAGAUCAAGUUAGGGGUUCCUCAUUCUCUUCAGCAAUCUCUGGAUAUUGAGAAAGUCAAAUCUGUAUUUCCCUAUGGAAAAAUUGUGCAUGUUGAAGUUGUGGAUGGAGGUCUGAUAUGCUCAAGUGGGGUGCAUGUAGAAGAAAUGGGUGACAAGAACGAUGAUUGUUACAUAGUGAAUGCUGCUGUAUAUGUCGGCUAUUGACUUGAGACUUUUUAACAACUUUGUACGGUUAGUUUUCACUUUCAUUCACGCAGGCCCUGCAUUAUGCAUAUUCUGAUCCUCCGUUAACAUCAUCAUAUCCGAAAUCUAACACUACAGUUUAAGUCUGCUUUUCCUUUUUGAUAUAACAGGCAAACAGCUGGGGGAUACUUUUGCAGGACCAAAUGGGUCUUCACGAAAUCACCGUGGGAGAGAGUAGUUUCUAUAUUGAUCUAUUCAGCAGAAAAGUGAAGUUUUAAGUCUAGUGUAAUAAGAUCUCAUUCAUAGUGAUAUUUUAAGAUCACUCACUGUUUCUCUCCUCCAUCUGAUGUUAGUGUGCUUGCUGUGAUGAUGGAUAUAUGGGAUUAUGAUGAAACUAGAACUCUUCCAUUUUGAUUAUUCCAGUGCCAGUCAUAUUUCUUUUUUGUUAAGCUUCUGUUAAACAAGUUUUCUGAAAUAUAUGUGAUGGGUAAGAGUUGGUAGAA